GCAUUCCUAAGGUAUCACUUAUAUAUUUUUGCGUGUUCUAUUAGAUGACUAGUUCAGAUCAUACUUUUGGAGGGGUGCGGAGGGAUGGAGUAUGGAAUGGAGGGGUGCUGAUCCCUGAUGGAAUUGAGAAAAAUAUCUUUUUCGGUGGCCAAGAGUUUUCAACAUAUUGACUUGACUUGGAAGUUUGAGUCAGUGACGGAUAUAGCUAGAGUACUUCGUUAUAGAGGGCAAGCAAGCUAGAGUACUCCCAUCACUGCCAUUAGCACCCUAAUCCACUGCUCAUCUUUUCUCUUUUUCUCAACCUGUUGUUUCUUUUUCAUUUCAACAAAGGAUCGAUGGGGUCAUUAAUGUGGCUAUUUCAAUUCCUUCUCUAUUUCUCCCAAUAUCAGCUUGCUUUUUCCUCAUCGUCUUCCUCAUCUUUUUCUUCUUCUACCCACUCUUUGUAUCGUCAUGACCAGACGAUUUGCAACUUGAGAUCCCUUGAGAUUCUUGAUUUGUCUCACAACAAUUUGAGCGGUGCGGUUCCACAAUGUUUGGGAAAUUUUAGUCGUGCUCUCUCGGUUUUGAAUCUGCGCUCCAAUAGAUUCACGGGAACCCUUCCCUUGGCAUUUGCAAAGCCCAACGUACUACGAAGUCUUGAUUUGAGUGGAAAUCAAUUUGAAGGACAACUGCCAAGAUCUUUGGUAGAUUGUACAAGCUUGGAAGUUCUAAACGUCGGAAACAACAAAAUUAACGACACAUUUCCAUAUUGGUUGGAGCCUCUUCCUCAGUUGCAGGUUCUUGUCAUACGAUCUAACCAAUUUCAUGGUCCCAUAAACACUUUGAAUAGUAAGUUUUCCUUUCCUAGGCUUCGAAUCGUUGACCUGUCCCACAAUGAGUUCAGUGGCCCUUUGCCAAUGAGAUAUUUCGAACAUUUCCAAGCUAUGAAGAAUAAAACUAUGCCGGACAAAAAAUACAUGAGUGAUGAAAAUAGUUAUUAUCACGAUUCUGUCACAGUGACACUAAAGGGCAUUGAGAUCGAAAUGCAGAGAAUUUUCACUAUCUUCACAACAAUCGAUUUUUCAUCCAACAAUUUUAGCGGAGAGAUUCCAAAUGUCAUUGGAAAGCUCAAUUCCCUCAUAGUGCUUAACAUUUCUCAUAAUAGCCUUAUAGGCCAUAUUCCAGAAUCUUUGGGAAACUUGACAAGCCUUGAAUCAUUAGACAUUUCCUCUAACAAGCUCACCGGGAGAAUUCCAAGCCAAUUAGUCAGUUUGACGUUUCUUGAAGUCUUGAACCUCUCAUGGAACCGUCUCCAUGGUCCCAUACCCCUGGGUUCACAAUUUAAUACAUUUCAGAAUGGUUCAUAUGCUGGGAACUUAGGACUAUGUGGGUUGCCAUUGUCGAAGGAAUGUGAAGAUAAUCAGACGAAAGUACAUCCACCGGUGUUACUACAGGAGGAAGAUGAUCACAAUUUUGAUGGAUUGUUUUGGAAAAUUGUGGUGAUAGGUUAUGGUUGUGGAAUGACACUGGGACUCUUUCUAGGAUCUCUCAUGUUCUUAAUUGGUAGACCUAAGUUAUUUGUGAGACUUGCUGAAACAGAAAUGCCCAAAAAGGUGAUAAGAUUGAGGAGAACGCUUACAGGCACAAUGGGAAGAAAAAAGUAGCAAACAUUAGUCAUGUUUUCAGUGAAAGAUGGAGGAAGCUCUUGUUGCCCCUUGAGAUAAUGUCGCAGCAAUGUACAGUAAAAUGAGCAAGAAAAAAUGACGAGUUUGGCCUGCCUUUCUUACUAUCGUUGUAAAACUUCUCGUAUGAGAAGCUACGAAGUAUAGGGGGUGUUGGUUUAGGUUACCUAUAGCUUGUGGUUGUUUGAGAUUUCAGACGUACGUUUGAUUUUGUUGCAUCCUUGUACUGUGGUCUGGUGCUGUUUGUGGUUUGCUUUUUUUCAUCCUUUUUCCAAGUAAUAAUGCUAUUAUGCUUUGGUCUUGAACAAUUUACCGGAAUGAAUUCCGUUGUGUGCUCUUUCUCAA